UCAAUUACUAAUCCAGAUGCCGAAGUCAGCAUCACCACCCUUCGUUUGAGUCUUUUGGCUUCAGGCAUAUCAUAUGCCGGAUUCCAUUGGAGCCUUCCUCAUUGGACGAACACUGCACCAGCUUACGCCGCACUAGCCGCCCUAGCCUGGGGCAUGUUCGUUAUUGACCUAAUGAUUUCUCGGGUCCAUAGUUCUUGUACGUUCGAAGAUCUCGACAACCCCUUCUUACCCCGUCAUCCCCAUUUCGAACAAAGGCACCAGUCGAACGGUCGCGGAAGCAGCACCAGGGGUAAUGACACCUUCCAUGCAUGCUACAGGGUCGCAAUCGUAUCCCCAUCCAAGUCAUUGCGCCGCAGCGCGAGACAACUUGAUCACAGCUCUGGGAGCUCUGCUGAUCCCAGCGACAACGAGCUUCCGACCUGUAUGCAAAUGGUAUCAGGGCUUGUUGUGGUACAUCAAUGUACACAAGUUCGGAAUCGCGGUGGCAACUUGGGUGCUGAAGUUGUUUGGCAAAAAUCUUGUAUGCAACUAUGA